UUGGAGGAAAAACCACAGAAGCCGAAGGACUUAAAUUUAUGAAACAAAUAGUUGCAAACAUGGAUGCAACAUUCUUGUGUACAGUUCAGAGUGAGAGAUCAAAAGUAGAACUGAGCAAAUAUGUCAGCAGCCCUAAAGAAGAGCUUAUCGAGGUUGAAGGUCGAUCAAAUGAUGUAUUUAAACAAGCUUUGGAAGAUAUUGUGCAGAAAAUUAACAAUUACAUAACACCAAAUCAAACUGUUUGACUAACCGAGAUACAGAAAAAUAACUAUUGUAAGCGCGCAACAUAUUUUCGUUUUUGAAGCCAUUAUUGAAUGCACGUCUGACGACAAAGAGCUUUUGGAUGAAUGCAGAAUUCCACCGACCUUUGGAACAGACAAAUACAUGCAAUGGAGUUCUGAAUUUGAGCACAAAAUUGCACAGAUUUCUUCUGAUGAUAUAAGACGAGUUCUUCAGCCGUGUUGGGAGUUUCUCCAGGAAUAUAACAAAGCUUUGUUAGUUUACAACGAUGCAAGAUUGAAGGAAGCCUUGAAGAUUCUUUCAGAAUUUAUAUUGAACGUAAAGAAAGUACAAACUUAUCAUUCAACGGACAAUUUUCUCCUUGAGCUGUACACUGGUAUGACAAAGGUUGCACAAAAAGAUGUCCUAGGCUUCUUCAAAAAGGGUGUACAUCGACUUAUAAUUGCGACCUCUGUCGCAGAAGAGGGAUUGGACAUCGCCCAAUGUAAUCUGGUCAUAAGAUACAUGCAUGUUACAAACGAGAUUGUUCGUUUGCAAUCAAGAGGAAGAGCAAGGGCAGAAAAAAGCAAAUACUUUGUUAUUGCCGAGAAGGGAAGUCCUACAUUAGCUAAAGAAUUGAAGAACGAACUCUGUGAAAAUUUAAUGAUUGAAAUUGUCCCAAAACUACAAAGAUAUUUGGAAAGCCCCGAAAACCAUUGGGAUAAAGAAAUGCUUGACAUGCAAAAAGUUAUGAAGGACAAAGAAGAACAAAUGGAACGAGAAAGACUUAAACAUCUAAGCGACGACGCUUGUGAGUUUCAGUGCAUGAAAUGCAGUUCAAGUAUUUGUUUAUCGGAGGACAUACGCACAAUAAAAGGUGCUCAUCACAUUGUCGUCAAUAUCGAUGUAAAUAAGAAAAUAAAACUGCAGAGGGGAGAGCCUGCAUUUAUCGAACCUGAUGAUGUCAAGUAUGGAGGCAAGAUAUUCUGUAUACAAAAAGAUUGCCAAAAGGAACUAGGAACACUUUGCACAUACGAAAGUAUUUUGUUUCCCGUGAUAAAACUGACGCUUUUCGAGUGGUGGACAAAACAGGAGCUGGGAAAAAGUACAAGACGUGGAAAAAACUUAAUUGUCGCAUUGCAGAGUUAUCGAAUGAUGAGUUCUACUCACUUGUCAAGGAAAGAAAAACUAAGUUAUUUCUGUGAACAUUUGAUAAGACAAAGAUAGUUAACUUAGUAAACACUGCUGUACACUAUGAAUAAGUUGACUAUUUUCAGAAAAAAACUAUAUACGAUUUAAACCUUAAGAGAUGUUACGGCCAUGCACAGCUGGUCAUAUAGGGAUAGGCGAGUUGA